CGACGAUUCGCGCCGGCACCGUCUCCCUCACAUUCUGUGACACGCCGAAUGCGCGCGCGCACACGCCGCCGACCGCCUUGAUAAAAUACUAUAACACAUAAAUCGAUGGUACGCGAUAAAACGCGCAAAAGUCUUCCGCUUUUGACCCGAUCGCUCCGUCGUACAGUAACCGCCGUUACGUGGUCAGAAAUUCCGUCGUCAUCGACAUUGGACGUCACGAUAGUAGGUAUAUUAUUAUUAUAUGACGACUAUCGUGCCCGUCGCAGUAACAGACAUGGCGGUGACGGUCGCGCGAUGACCACGUCGCGACUCGUCGGUGGGUGACACCGGCUGGCCGGCACGCCGUGUUUAAUAACCCAGUGGACAUUGAAAAAGUAACGUGAUUCUGUUUGCCCGCCGUCGUCGUCGUCGUCGUGGCCCUUGUCAUCAUCAUUAUCGUUCCGUGUCGCGUGUGUUUCUGUCGACAGGUGUUGUGCUCGACCGCGGCCCCCCCAGUCCUAGCGUAGGUGGUUUACACGGUCGCGCGACAUGACCACCAAGACCGCCGUCGUCAAGUCCGCCGACGAACCGGCGGACGACCCGCUUGAGCACAUGCUGUUGUUCUUCAACCUGAGCAUACGCAAACUGGCGUUCGUUGGCGUGUCUUUGCCACUCAUCACACUGCUGACGUGCCUAGCAACAGCGUACGUCUUCCAGUACGAUGACGUGCACGAAACGCAUUGUCGAGUCUACAAUGUGAUACCGUCGAUUAGCGCCAUCACUGGUGUGACGCCCCAGACGUACAUGUGGCGGAUAGCCGUUGCUUUUCACGUUGGACCGCGUAUGGUCAUCGCCCAGGUGUACUACAACUAUUUCAUCAAUCAGGUGUCAAAGGCCGCUGACAAGUCCACCAGUUACAUACUCAUAAACCUCUGCUACUGGCUCAAUAUCAUCGAAAUAGCCGCCAUCUGUGGCGUAACCUACAUAUCCAACAGAGAAAACUAUCCCGUGCACGAGAAGAUCUUCAUUUUGUUCAUGCUCAGCUCAUUGUUGUACAUGAUCGUUAUGAUUAAGACAUUUAACAAGGUACACAAAACGAUGACGGAACAUCAGCGUCUGUCGUAUACCAUUAAGAAAAUACUAUUCACUGUUUGUAUCACGUCGACGUUUACAUUAAUAAUUUAUUUUAUCAAACAUCGGUUCUACUGCCAUGACUUGGCAUUCACCUGGUUUGCACUCAGCGAGUACGUCCUGGCAGUAUCAAAUAUGGCUUUCCACUUUACCAUUACACUGGACUUCCCACACGAACAGUUGAUAGUUGCUAAAAACUUUCCAACAUUAAAAACGGACUGAAAUGUUCUCUAUAUACUGAAUUGAAGACUUAUGACUCAAACAUCUUACUUCCAUACACUUUCUAAUUAAUCUACUUUUUAAGUAUAUAAUAUAAAGUACGCAUAAAUUUAUGUACACAUUUGACAGCUCUUAGGCCAAUGCUCAUGUAACAUGUGUUUAGUCUGGAAACUAUAUUGUUUUAUAUUCUUUUCGACUUUCAGUUUGAAUAGUUUUCGAUUGAAAUUUUUAACUUCCUACAUAAUUGAAAUUCGUCUUUGUCUAAUGUUAAGUUCAAAAUAUAUAAUUAUUAUGCAUACACAUAAUAUAAUUAUAAAUACAUGUAUAAUAAUACUAUAGUUUCCAACAUAAACACGCACAAUAACUAAAUUUUCGAAUAGUUGUGAUUUCGCUUCCAAGGAUAAUAGUAUGUGUUUAAAUUUGUUUAUGGUAUAAUCUAUACAUUUUAUAACAAACAAAUUUAGGUCAUAUAAAAUCAGUUGUCCUUUGGUAAGUGUUUUUACCGCAACCACCUGAGCAAUUAGUUAUUCUACAUGUAAAAUAUGUGUUACUACAAUAUUAUAUCUGGGUGCAAAAAAAAAAGUUAUUUGACCAAUUAAAGUAGACAUUGUAUACACAAUUGUAUGAGUCUUUUGAAUAAAAAACAAAUCAUCAUUAUAAUUUCAAAUAAUUAGUUGAUGGAUUUCAAAUAAACUUUAUUACGCCUUAUUAAAAUAAAGAAGGCUUGUUAUUAUAAAGUAAAUAAUGGCUGCUUUUAUGUUUUUUAAAUCACAAUUUUGUAUCAUAUACACAAAAUUGUGUGAUUAAUUGGUAUAUUAUUUAUAAAGGGAAAGACUUAUUUUAUACUGCACCUGAAUUAAACUUCCAUGAAGCUUGAAUAUAUUUGUUUAUUAAUAUGAAGUCAAAUUUCUCUAAAACUAUAUUUUGUUAAUAAUUAUUUUUAUUAUCACUUGCUGGAUCCUAAGAGCGUCAUUUUCUCUUUGUAUGUAUUGCCAGUGUUUGUAUGAAAAAGGGUUAAUUGUUAGCUCUAUGACACAUGUAGAACUAAGUAGUACUUCUUUUGUUUUGUGGUAAUUAUGAUGUCAAAAAAUAUUGUUAUUACAAAUAAUUAUUUCUUUUUCGAGGUGCUCAGUUGUUUCAGUUGGCCGGGAUUUUAUAACAUAUAUUAUGAUAAUUAUGAAUCUUCCAGUGAUCUAUAAAAUAAGCUUCCUGUAUCAUUAUUUACUCAUGCUUCCUUAAACUUACCAAAUUCUCCGAUUUUCAACAAUGCAUUUACAUUAUAAAAACAAAGAGUUAUUAUUAUUACAAUAUAUUACCUAGUCAGAUAAUUCACACAGUUUCUAGUCAAUUGGUUACUACCUGUUUAGUUAUAAUUAUAAUAGUCUAUAAGAAGAAAUUUAUGUUUGUAUCCCUAUACUAGUUUUGUAAACCGCUUUGUUUUCUAGUUAUAAUUAAUUUGAAUGUACAAUUUUAUUGAUGUUCUUGUUUCAAAUUUUAAUAAAUAAAUUAACAUAUUAGGGUAAUUAUGAAGUCAUUGUUUAAGUCAUAAACAUGGACAUUUUGUUAUAAAUUAUUGCACUACUUUUUAGUGGACAUGGAUAAAUGUUGUAACUUAUACAUUGAUUUAAUAUGAUUUGUGUGAAUUAUGAAAUUAAUUGUAUCAAUGAGUUAUAAUUUCAAUAAAACAUGAUAAAAAUUU